ACCAAUGAGAAAACGUCUUUCAUACGAAAUGACGGGAUGGACAUCAGCAGAAAACAUCAACAGACAAGACUCAUAAUUGUUUUGAUAACAUACUCCUCGAUCUCCCUAGCUGUUGCUCAAAGUGCAACAAAUACUGAUCUACCAUUGAUUUCUGUGAGCACAGAUUCACCAAAGAACGUUACAUUGCCCACAGAACUUCCUCAAGUGAUACCACACCGCUGUCCCGAUAACGCCCAGUGUAACACAUUGGGUCCAGAAUGUCUGAAAUGUCAGUUUAACUUUCAUUGUCGGUAUGGGAAGGACACUUCAGUGAAUUGUACAGUGAACGAGGAAAUUCAAUGUUCAGGUUCUAAGGAGCAGACCAAAACCUUCAAUUGUAGGUAUUGUUACCAGUUGCAUGAAUCUUAUUACACAUGUAGCAAGAUGAAUGCCACCUGUGCCGUCAGAACUGCCCCUCGCAGUCGUUACACAUCAGAAUGUCAAGUCAAAGAAAAUGUGUUUUGUUUAGGUAGCAGAACAUUUCAGAAGCGACUGUUGUGUAAUUGGACAAGUGGAUACAAAUGGUCGACAGCACUGGCACUAAGUGUUACACUUGGAGGGUUCGGAGUGGACCGUUUCUACCUUGGACAGUGGAAGGAGGGUCUGGGCAAGCUGUUCAGUUUUGGGGGUCUGGGAGUGUGGACUAUUGUGGAUGUGAUCCUGAUAGCUGUGGGUUAUGUAGGACCUGCUGAUGGAUCUCUCUAUAUAUAAGCAUCAUUCUGGGCUGAGUUUCUCGAAAGAAAAAAAAAAACUUAAUUCGAAACUUGGACUUCAAACUGAUUCAAAUUAACUGUUUUUAGUCCACUACUGCUCUUUAGUUGUAGGAAGCAGUAGCGGAUUAAAAACAGCUAAUUCUUAAUUGGAUUACUUGGACUUAGUCUGAGAUUUUACACAAAUUUUGACAGCUCAAAUGAAAGAAAACUCAAACUGAAGUUAGAUUUUUUUUAGAAAUCCAGGCCUGAUAAACUGACAUCAUGUAAACUGUUCUAUAUAUAGAUGAACUCACAAUAAGUGUGUUAUAUGUAUGACAAGUGUUUAUUUGGAAUAUGUGUAACAAGUGCUCAUUAGUACACAUGUAUCCAAUGUGUAUUGGGUUUAUCUGAAACAAGUGUUUAAUUGGCAAGUGUUUAUAUGGUAUAUGUGUAAUGAGUGCUAUAUUACAGCAUGUUUAUCUUGUAUGUGAUAAAAUUGUGAAUGUGAAUGUUUAGCUGUUUUUUACCGUUUAAAUUUUGAAUGUGCUGUUUGCAAGAUUAUUGAUAUGUGUCCAAGAUAUUGAAUUAAUGAGGCGAUGAAUGUGAAUUUCAUGGGAAUGUGAGAAUUUAUUAUUAACAGUAUUCAUGUUAAUUAAAAUUUCUUUUUAAUGAAAGAAAAUAUUUUGUCUAUGGUGUCUUUUUCUUAUAAAAGAGUUCUUGUAGUAGAAUGGGCAGGAAACCCUCUCAUAGGGAUCUUGUUCUGUGUGUGACAUUGCUCCCACAGCAAGACCUAUCGGUCACAGCUUGAAAGGAAGUCCUUGAUUCACCACAGAUGACACUUUUUUAGCUGACCUGAGCAGGAGUCUUAGCUGAUCUACUAGUGUUUUUGACUUAUAUUCUAGAACCACUUAACUGAUUUCAAUGAAACUUGGUCAUGUCCCCUUCCAAGAGAAGUAAUAGUGAAAAUCGAAUGGUGUGUUUAAAAUAUGUUCUCAUCAAGACAAGAUUUACUUUAUCAGAAAAAACGACACUAAUUGUAUGACAGCUUUGAUAUAUAAUGAAGUUUAAAAAAUGAUAGGCACUUGGGUCGCAGAUACAUUGUAGUAUGUACAUGUAAAUUUAAUAUCGAGUAAAUUCAAACUAUAUAUAUGGCUUUGACAUUUUCCCCCCACUGUAUGCUGUUGAUUUUUAGUUUUCUUUAAUCCAAUUUGCUUAAUGUAUACUAUUGUGCUAUAUUUGAAAAUGGACCUUGCCCACUGUGUUAGAUGCAUAAUAAAUUCAAUCAUGUAG